AUGUGUCUUGGGGGUGCGUCAAACUGGUCCGUGGACAAACCACCGGCAGGAGACACCGAGGCCGUCGCACAACGCUGCUCCAGAUUGCUCAAAGCCGUUUCAAUGCCAAAGUACAGCAUGCACAGAGAGAUCCCAGACCGAACGACCGCCCAAAAUUACACAAAAGCCCACUCCAUUCCCCCCCGCCCGUUCUUUUCGUUUUCCAAUAGUGCUCGAAUUUGCGAAUCAGCGAGGCCAAAGUGCUGCCUCAGAAUUCUCCAGAGUGUGUCACGUUCCCAAGCUAUCUCUUGUUGCAAGGCCGGGUCGUUGCGUGAGUGCUGUGCUUGUGACAGACGUUCCACCUCGGCAGCUCGAGUAGGUUGGAAGAAUGGUGGUCCUCCCCUGAUGCUACCCUCGUCGUUCGGCGUGACGUUGUUCGUGAAUUCUGCCGCAGAAGCGCGUGGGGUACAAGGAGAAAGAGGCGCCAAAGAGGCGGGCGGUGAGAAGGAAGCCUGUCUAUUUGAAGAUACGGUUGUUGUAGAUGAUCGACGACCAUAG